GUUAUUGUUUAUUCCACGGGAAGCGACUUAGUGUAUUAAUAGUAGUAGUUUGACGAAAUUGUGAAAUAUAUAUGGAUAAGAAGGCCGGUAAUAGUUGCUUCUCGUUUAACCCGCAGUUCUAAAAUCCUUAAGAGGAUUUUGUAUUAAUAAAAUUAAGACACAAGCCUUGCAUAACUCUAUGCAGAAUCCGUAAUUGCUUUUGUGUCCAUUUGUUUUUCAAUUCUCCGUUUUCGAAUGGCUUACCAGCAUCCUGCAGCCCAAUUAAUAUCACGAAGUCUAGCUGGCCUAAUGGACACUGCUGCAGCUCACACAAGGACACACGGGCGCAAGUAUGCCCAAGGAACGCAACCCUUCACUGUACUUAUUGAGGGCAAUAUUGGCAGUGGAAAAACCACAUUUCUGAAUCAUUUUGAUAAGUAUCGGGACGAGGUUUGCCUGCUAACCGAACCUGUGGAGAAAUGGCGCAAUGUGAAUGGAGUUAAUCUUCUCGAGCUAAUGUACAAGGAGCCCAAGAAAUGGGCAAUGCCUUUUCAGUCUUAUGUCACGCUGACCAUGCUGCAGGCCCACACACAGAUCACUGACAAAAAGCUGAAAAUAAUGGAGCGCUCCAUUUAUAGCGCGCGGUAUUGCUUUGUCGAGAACAUGUUCCGCAAUGGUUCUCUAGAGCAGGGGAUGUACAAUACCCUGCAAGAAUGGUACAAGUUCAUCGAACAGUCUAUUCACGUGCAAGCAGAUCUCAUAAUCUACCUUAGAACCUCUCCCGAAGUGGUUUACGAACGUAUGCGUCAACGUGCACGUUCUGAAGAGAGCUGCAUACCCCUUAAAUAUCUCCAGGAGUUGCAUGAGUCACACGAGGAUUGGCUUAUACAUCAGAGGCGCCCACAGACUUGCAAGGUUUUGGUCUUGGAUGCCGACUUAAAUUUGGAGAAUAUUUUGAGUGAAUACCAAAGGUCAGAGACAAGCAUAUUUGAUGCCAUCUCAGGAGCUCAUCAGCAUCAACCAUCGCCAGUCUUGGUGUCGCCCAGCAAGCGAGAGAGAAUGUCCAGAUAAUACUUUUAUAUCAUACCACAUUAGAGGCACGCGCCGCUUGCGAUUUAGCUGAAUAUUAAUAAUAAGUUUAAAUACAUUUAUAUCAUUUAGUCCGGACAAUGUUGUAAAGGUCGUCAAAGUGGCAAGAACACUUAAGGCAAUAGCAUUUGACACACUAUUAACUAACUACUUCUAUAAUUUUAGACAAAAAUUAUAUAUCCUCUUUAACUGUAUUUUUAGUAUGUAAUUGAUCAAAUUGUAAUAAUGUGAAUGUCCAAUACACUUACUUGAGAACCAA